AUGAGACGCGAGUCGGCGCGCCUCGGCCUUCUUCAUAGCACAUUUGGCGUCAGCGUCGCGACGAUCGCGUUAUGCGUCUGUGAGAAGCACCUUCUUCGAGGAUACAUUGGGGCUGGCGUUCCAACCAAGCUGACGGCUUCGGUGCAUACUGGCGUGCUGGAUUAUCACGUUUACCGCGACCUGAUUGUGCGCAAAGUGCUGCCCGCGUUGAAAUCAAGUUGGCGCUGGCCAAGCGGCGUUGAAACGGGAACAGUGUUCUUGCAACAAGACAAUGCGCGUCCGCACAUUGCACCAGAAGACCCAGCGUUUGUCAGUGCAGCGCUUCUUUAA